CUUCAAAUUUUAAUUCAAUUUAACGUACGUCCCAAUCCAAUUAUAACGACGUGGUUGCAGUGAUCAACCGGCACAAGCGGGCCACGCGAACGCGCCCCUCUCAAAUCCGAGGUUUGGAUGUUCGAGUUGGCGGAGUAGCAUUCGUUGCUUGUUUAGAGAUCCACCGACACACACAGCAGAGGGAGGCGACGGUAGAGGUUCAUCUGAUUAGGUCUUCCUUUUGCUGAUCAAAUCAAGGUGCAAAAGGACAAUGUUGAUGUGCCACGAUUGGCUUGUGGCUUUAAAAAACACGUGUGCCUUUGAUAAUAUUCAGCAGCAAGAGGAAUAUUUGGUUUUAUGGCCUCUGAGAGAGAAGAUUUCAGCCUCUCAGGACCCUUACACCUAUCUGCUGUUGACUGGACAAAUGUACAUCAUCAAAGGUCUGUAGCUGCCAGUUUGGUUCAGGGUGUGUACAUUCUGGAGCGAGACCGCCAGCUGAAACGUGAAGGCCCAGAAGCUCUUGCAAGUCCUUGGUGGGAGUUCUUUAAUUUUAAGUUGUUCCGUAAACUUGUGGAUGAUGUUGAUUCCUCCAUUUUUGGUGCCGUUUAUGAAUUUAAACCUUCGACAUCUUAUUCUACUCAUUCAUUAGAUGACAGUCCACGUUAUGUUAUUGCAUUCCGAGGCACUGUAACAAAGCCAGAUUCUGUGUCACGGGACAUUGAGUUGGACCUUCAUAUCAUCCGAAAUGGACUCCAUGAAACAUCUCGAUUCGAAAUUGGUAUGCAAGCAGUUAGAAAUGUGGUUGCUACAGUAGGCGAAUCCAAUGUCUGGCUAGUAGGACAUUCCUUGGGAGCGGCAAUGGCAUUGCUUGCUGGAAAGACCAUGGCUAAGACGGGCAUCUUUAUUCAAGCUUUUCUCUUUAAUUCACCAUUCUUCUCUGCCCCAAUUGAGAGAAUAAAAGAUAAGCGGGUGAAACAUGGGUUACGGAUUGCAGGUAGUGUGAUAACAGCUGGACUUGCCUUUGCUGCAGCUGCAAAGAAGAAUCAUCAAAAUAGGCGCUCUGUAGAUCCAUUUACUGCUUUGUCUGCAUGGAUACCAUCUCUUUUUGUCAAUCCAGACGACCACCUCUGCUCGGAAUACAUUGGUUAUUUUGAACACAGAAAGAAGAUGGAUGAGAUUGGCAUUGGAGCUAUUGAGAGGAUAGCAACCCAAAAUUCAAUUGGGGGUCUUAUUAUGAGUGCAAUGGGCAAGGAGUCAGAGCCACUGCACCUCAUUCCUUCAGCAAAUCUGACAGUAAAUUUAAUUCCAUCUCAAGAUUUUAAGGAAGCCCACGGAAUCCAUCAGUGGUGGAGGCCUGAUCUGGAAGUGACGUCUAAACUCUACAAGUAUCAAUAGCUUGGCGCAAUUACUGUAAUUUAUAUUACUUCAUUAAUUCUUUUGUGUUGUUGGAGGAUUGUUGUGGAAAAAACUUGUCGUCAACCUUUUGUGAUGUUAUGUCCUGAUUUCUGUUGCAAUGUUGUUUCCCUUUGUGCAAGGUUCCAUAUAACUAAUGUGUGUGUACUCCUUGGUUUUUA